AACGCUUCGCUGCAUAUCCGGGACACUUCCUUACGUAUUGCGGCAUGGGGCCGUCUGUGUCAUGUUCAUCAACUCCCCCACAAUAAACCUCACCCUGUCAGAUCGAUCAUUGCUUCCUCCAGACACGAACGACGUGAACUCCGGCAAGCAAUGUUCCAGUCAUUUACGGGGAACUCCCGCCGUCCGCGGCAGGUCAACCUUGGAGGCCGCAACACGAACCCUUUCGCCGCAUACCCCUCCGGCAGACAGAAUCCCCAUGGCGCGGGGCCUCAGAACACCCUUGCAAUUGCCCAGCAGGAACGGUUACUGAGACAGCAGGAGAGGGAGCGGUUGGGGGCGACUCGGAUCAUACAACGGACCUGGAGGGGCUAUCGAAGUCGGAAGAUAACGCGCGGUGUGUGGCGCACCGAGUGGGAUGCUACGGAGAAGCACACAACAGGGGGGCUCUUGUCCUUCGAGAACCUCCCCAAGCAGCAGGAUGUCUUUCCCCCAAACUCUUACCGCUAUGGGACGGCGGCAGCUUGUCUGUCACAGCUGCGCCUGCUGGUGCAUUUCUUGGAACCGUGGAGUAGCGACGAUGUUGUCCGGUUGGUGUACUUCUCGAGUGUCUUCCAGAAGACCUUGCAUGAGAUUCCGACGAUAGCGACCGAAGGAGAAUGGACGACGCCUUUGAACCGUCUGGCGAGAUUGACGCUUCGUGUGCUCCGUACCCCGACGCUGCCGGCCUUCGCGGUCGGCCCCCUUCUCCAGCUGCUCGUCUUUCUCACGGGUCUUAUACCGAAGCAAAUGGCCCGCCUCGCUCAUGAGUAUUAUUCUGUCAUGGUGACCCUCACGACGGAUGAGAAAUACCAACUUCCCAGAGAGAGCCUCGUCGAGUGCGUUCUAGCUGUGCUUCGGCCCAUCACCUCCGAAACUCUUACAGCCUAUGAGUGGUUUGCGAAGUGCUACUUGACGAUCGCAGAUCUCCCGCAGUAUCUCGGUAGCUUGGAUAGCCUGGCCAACAAUAUCAACUACAAGCUUUUGACCUCGGCUUUGGGUCCAUUGCAGUCGUAUUUUCGUGAUCGUCAACGUGAGGAUACAGAUUCUUGUCUCUGGAUGCUCGCCUACUUUAUCUACUUCCAUCGCUAUGCAUUGGGAAGCCAGGCUGGCCAGCAGGCUCCAGAUUCUAGCUUCGUGAAGGUUGUGUCUGAGUUGCUGAACUCCACUGCAAUCCACAUAUCACGCCGUAUGGAGCCGGAUGACUCUAAUGGCAUGGAUGACGACUCCGAAAAAGUCCCGCUGCAUCCUUUCAUCAAAGAUCAACUUGUCAGUCUUCUCAAUCAAAGCAGUAUUACAGGUCUUCUCUCUCAACUCCAGUCCACACACCUCUCUCAAGGUGAGCUGGCAGAUUCUCAGUCGGAUGCAUCCAGAGAAGCAAAGAUCCUUGCUACCUAUGCACUGACUUUAUUGAGAGUGUUCCCCCGACGCGGCGACGAUAUCCGCAUGUGGCUCUAUCUAGGCUCAGCUACAUCGGACCAACAAAUGCCAGGCCAACAGGGCACGAAAAUCCCAGCUAUCAAAUACUUCUGGCAUGCAUCUAGAUCUAGUCAAAUCUUUGCUGCCAUUAGCCAGGACUCGACCAAAGUCCUGCCUUUAUUGAAGCCCGUAGGCGAGUUGGUGGAUCCCAGAUUUCGGGGAGUGUCGCAGGAAGAGAGAGAUGAAGAAUGGACUAUCAUCCUUCUUUUCCUUGAGCUUUAUACGUUUGUGCUCAAGGUGAUGGAUGACGAAGAAUUCUUCUCCAAUGAGUCCUCCUUCACUGCGUCCUCCAACACCCGAGUUUCAUGGACCAAGGAGAGUGCGUUGCCGCUGACAGACAUCAAAGAGAUGACGCUUUUCCUUAAGAACCUGGGCUUUACAUUGUACUGGAAUUCAGCCGAUCUGAACGAGCAUGAGACUGCUCAGGACGCUGGCGGGAUCCGAAGUUACUUCAGCUCUUCCGCACUUCCGCCUGAUCCCGUGGCGAGCGUGAGAGAGAUCGAGACCAAGAACAAGGAGAAAGGACUUCCUGGCGUCACGGGAAUCCCACUUGACUAUUUCAAAGGUCUUGUCACGGGUCUACUGAGGAUGAUUCACGAGCGCGAUUCGAGAAGAAAAUUCCUUCCUGAUGGGCACUGGCUGAUGACAAGCCGUUUCGAUAUGGAAGGAUUCAUCCCUGCCGUUGUGGCGGAGGAGGAGAAUCGACAUCAACUUCAGGACGAAGACGACGAAGAACUAGGUGAUCUUACAACCGAUGCCCUUUUUGAGCAAUCCCUAGGGCUUAUUGGUACCGGCCGUGCCCAGCAAACGCGUCGAGUAGAGGCUCUCAGGCGUCGACAACAACAAGCGGCUCGCCGAAAGCAGCUCGAGGCUGUAGCCCCGCGACUUGAAAUUCUGAGGAAUAUGCCGUUCUUCAUUCCCUUCGCAACAAGAGUUCAGAUUUUCCGCGAGUUCAUAUAUCGCGAUCAAAUCCGGAGGAGGCAUGGCUUUGUUGAUCCAGACGCUUGGCGUAUGUCCGUGGCCGACGCCACCAUGGGCCGUAUGAUUGACGGGCGCUCUGCUGCGCACGAUGUUCUAAGUCGGCACCAUGCGAAUAUCAGACGUGAGAGUGUGUUUGAAGAUGCGUUCGAGGAGUUCUACGAGCUUGGAGAAGGUCUCAAGGAGCCGAUCCAGAUCACCUUCAUUGACAAGUGGAACAAUGCGGAAGCUGGUAUUGACGGCGGUGGUGUGACCAAGGAGUUCCUAACCAGUGUCACCAGUGAAGCCUUCAAAUCCACCAGUGAUCUGAGCUUGUUUGAAGAGAACGACCAACACCUGCUCUACCCUAACCCGGCAGCGGUCGAGCAACGGAAAGAGCUAUUAAGGGGUGUGGGCCUCCAUGAGGACAGCCCGAUUUGGAAGGAGAAAGUACGGGAAUUGCUCAGACGCUAUGAGUUCCUGGGACGCAUCAUUGGCAAGUGCAUGUAUGAAGGCAUCUUAGUUGAUGUCAACUUCGCGCCGUUCUUCCUGCUCAAAUGGGCGUUGACGGGGGGAGCAGGGUCAGCUCAACGAGAAUCUGCAUACCGUGCUAACCUCAACGACCUCAAGGACUUGGACCAAGGACUGUAUCAAGGCUUGCUCCAACUGAAGAACUACCCGGGAGAUGUGGAAGACUUCUCCUUGAAUUUCACCAUUACCGAUACUAUCCCAAUUCCCAAUGUCGGCAAUCGAACGAUCACUCGCGAGCUGAAAAGCCAGGGAUCCGACAUACCUGUCACCAACCAAAACCGACUGGUCUACAUCUCCUACAUCGCUCGCUAUCGCCUCCAGGCCCAGCCUGCGCUGCAGACGAACGCCUUCCUACAAGGACUGGGACAGAUUAUACAGCCAUCAUGGCUGUCGAUGUUCAACCAGACGGAGCUGCAGACGCUGGUCAGCGGGGAUAGAGGGGAAAUCGAUGUCGCCGAUCUGAGACGUAACACUCUGUACGGCGGGGUGUACACAAUCGGAGACGACAAUGAAGAACACCCGACGAUCAAGCUAUUCUGGGAAGUAUUGGAGAGGAUGACAAACGAACAAAGGCAGAAGGUGCUUCGGUUUGUGACGUCGACUCCUCGGGCGCCUUUGUUGGGUUUCAGCCAUCUCAACCCCCGCUUCAGCAUCCGGGACUCAAGCGAGGACCAGGAGCGGCUGCCCAGCACCAGUACCUGUGUGAAUCUGCUUAAGCUUCCACGGUACAGCAGUGCUGACGUCUUACGGGAGAAACUUCUUUAUGCUGUCAACUCUGGAGCCGGCUUCGACUUGAGCUGAGCUUUGAGAAGUGCUUUUUGUCUUUUGCAAAUAGAGCUUUGUACACGCGUGUAAUGGUGUGUAUUGAAUGGACCUUUGAAUCGAGUUGCAUAGCUGAGGCGUCAUGGCGAAUUACCUAUCUAUCAUUGUUCUUGUCGUUCUUUUGUUUUUGUUCUUUGCUCAUCAUGGUCCUGUCUUGCACCCAAGAGUAUGGAUCAUAAUUUGUUUCAAUUCCGGAAUAGCUUUUAGUUACCAACAUGGCGGAACAAGAACAAAUGAGAAAC